CCCGGAUGGUAUGAACUUGGUCACCGAAGCUAAGAAUUUUAUUGCUCAUCUGCGCGCAGAUCCUUCUCAGUCCAACCAGCUCAUCCACACCAUGCACAAGUUGAGAUGGUGUUGUGUUCUACUGAGCUUGUUCUCCAGCUACCCUGAUCUAGGGGAGGGGAGAGAGGAUGGUUCUAGGUGGAGAAGGGAGCUGAGAGAGGACAGAUCCUUGGUUAAUUCAUUCCCUUUCAACCUUGCUGAGGGAAUACGAGAUAAUCUGAUCUCCAGGCAGACAGAAGACGAGGUUUCGGUCAACUUCAAUAAAGUUGCUCAGGCUGGUCAGCGAUGCAUUGACAAGAUUGUGAUGGAAGAGGAGACUGAAUACGACGAAGUACUUGAAUGUGACCACUCCUACGACAGGAGGUGUCACAUAUCCUACUCCACCAGCUACACUGCCCAACAGGAGGAGGAGUGCGAGGAUAAUUACAAGAAGAAUUGUUUUAUUAAAUAUUCUCCAACAGCAUUCAAUGCUACAGUGGAAAUAUGCAGAGAAAGUUUGGUUAAAGACUGCAGUGUACCCGGUCCAGUUGUUUGCAGUACAGAGUACACUAGUGAGUGUCAGACAGUACAGCAUGAACACCAGGUAGAAGAUGAUGUUGCAGAAUGUAGAAGUGAUGUUGAAACAAAAUGUAAUGAUGUUACUAGUGGAUAUACUACAUCUCAGGAGUGUUCUAAUUGGCCAAUUCAACGAUGUGACGUAAACAAGAAGUCUGUAACUAAAUAUAGUCCUCAGACCUCCUGCCAGAAGGUCCCUGUAGAACUGUGUGGUCCCAGCUCCUGUCCCACGGUCCCAGGUCCCCAGGAAUGUUUUGAAACCACUAAGACUAUAAUCUCGGAGAAACCUGAGGAGGAAUGUUCCCUUGAGCCCAGGCAGUCCUGUAAACACGUGACUAAACUAGUUCCUCAGCUUAAACCAGCAGAGUCCUGUGUAGAUGUACCUAAGGAGAUCUGCUCCAGGUCCCUCAAAAACCCCAGGAAAGUUUCAAAACCCGUGAUAAAGAAAUGGUGUUACGUCCCGUCUGAUGAGUCCGGUCUCAACCCAUUCUCAGAUUCUGAUCGUAAACCUGACAACCAGGGGAAGGAAGAAGGUUCUCCUCCGUCUCAGGAUACCUCCUGCCCUAGAUCCUGUCUAGAUGCUAAAACCAGGGGAGUUUGUGAUCCACGGUGUAAUCAAUAUGCUGAGGAAUGUGGAGUACCGGUGUGCCAACCACCACCAACAACAACAGCACCACCAACAACAACAACAACUACCACAGCUGCCCCAUCCUGUCCUAGGUCUUGUGGGUUUGGAUACCAGAGCAACAAGGUUUGUGAACCCCAGUGCAAUAUUCCUGAGUGUGGAUUUGAUCCUGAUUGUAAUGCUCCAGUUUGUCCUAGUACCUGUACUCCAGGCUUCCAGAGUAACGGUAUCUGUCAAGAGGAAUGUGAUAUUCCAGAAUGUAACUUUGAUCCGGAUUGUGAACCUCCUCCAUAUGAUCCUCCACAGCCGCUAACAACACCAGCACCCCAAACAACUACAAGAGCUACAACAACAACAACUACAGCGCCAACAACAACCGCUGCUCCUGCAUGUCCAUCAAGCUGUAGACCAGGGUUCCAGAGUAAUGGUAACUGUGAACUCCAAUGCCAUACUCCUGGUUGCGGAUUUGACCCAGACUGUAACAAACCUCCUCCUCAACCUGAAGUCCUCUACCUGCCUCCGAAGUCGGAUAGUUGUCCUCCUAACAGCAGAGGCUGCGGUUCAAACUCCCAGGUUCAAGGAUUAUCCGUCCCAGGACGACGAACAGGAAGAAAAACUCCUCUAACUUCUGGUUCAUCAGGACUGAGAUCUAGCUCCAGGUUUAACAGGAGAACCAGCACCGGGUUCAACAAUUGGAACUUGUUUUUCCAGAACGGUUUGAUCCAACGGCAAGGUUGAUUACUGAGCAACGCUGCAGCAGAAGAAUAAACUAGUCUAGAACCUUCUUGUCUGGGCAUUAACCCUGAAACCAUUGUAAUUACUAAAAUGAAGAUAAAUACAGUAUUUUCUGUAAA